CAACCUCGUAAGCGAAUCGCAGCACCCCUGAGCAGGACGAGGCCGACCCUGCAUUCACGUAUCGAAAUAAUUAUCUACGUUACGUUUCGAAAUCCAUCUUCGACAAGUUUCGUGAUGUCGCAAGCAAGAGCAGCUUUGUCUGCGAGGCAUUUUGCUCGCGUGAGAUCACCCAGCUAUGGCGGAUCAAGAAUAUUCCACUCUACUCCCCGGCUUCACGUCCAUGCAGCACCCUAUCAUCCCUUCCCAGUCCCAGAUGCGCAACAACCUCUGGGCGUGAACAAUCAUGAUCACGCUCAUGCUAACGAGAUACAGUUCAGCAAGAGCUGGAGCAAGUCAAGUGGUGCACCCGAGGAUGAUCGUUCGCGCAGAGUCCCCAACAGACUACAAAAGCACCUGGCUCUUAUAGCCUUCAGUGAGUUCAGCGAGCAGAAUACUGGUGUCCGGGAUGUCGUUCGUGCGGCACUGAACAAGGCAUAUCCGGAGGUCCAACGACCAACACGGAUUCAGUCAGCGUUCUUGCCGAUCUUCGCACAGGGCGGGUCUCUCAUGAUCCGUGGAGCGCCUUCGUCGGGGAAAUCGUUCGGCUUGGCGCUGGCUGUGUUGUCGCAGGCAAGGCAGACGAACUAUGACCGUGCUGCUCGUCCUACCCCUACUACGACUACGAUCGUGCUCGCCUCGAGUAACGACCUGGUACUUCAAUACGAGAAGUGGUUUACCAACAUUCUCGAUGCCAGCGAUCACAGAUUCGGCCACAUUUCCAAGAUUCUCCAAGUGUUGUACCGUGGCCCGGAGGAUGUCAUGGCGGCCCAGGACGAGAAGCUCAAGAAAUUCCAAAACCCUCAUAUCAUGAUCGCAACCCCCCAAAGACUCCUCGACAUCCUUGCGAACAAGGACAUGAAACACCUCAUCGACAUCCACGGUUUCAGAACUUUGGUCGUGGACGAAGCCGACGUUAUGCUCGACGCAAGCCACGGCCAACGUCUUCGUCAAAUGAAAUACCAAAAAAAGCAUUCCCCCGCAGCAGAGGUUUUGCUAAGUUACAUCCUCAAGGAACGACGAAUGCGCAACACUCGCCUUAAAGGAAAGGGAAACCACGGUCUCCAACUCGUCUUUGCCUCAGCCACCGCCAACGCCAGGUUCAGGCAGUUCCUUAUCGUGGAGAGCAAAUACAUCGAUCAGGAUCAGCGUCUUCACGUCGUUGGGUAUCAACCCCCUGGGCGUCCGGAGUUUUUGCCUGAUUUGGCGUUGUCGAGUAAGAUUAAGCAUCACGUCCUUGGGUUCGAUGGACCUACGGGCGAGAAUGGGGAACCUACGUUGCGAGUGGUGGAGUUACCGAGUGUAGACCUGAAGGAGAUACUGAUGUUUGAGAAAAUGCGAAAGGCUUCGCCAAAGGAGUUUGAGGACGAGAUGCAUGAUGAUGAACUGGAGCAGAAAGAAGCGAACGACGCAGCGAGGAUACAAUACGUCGCCGCGCUUCAGCAGCUUCUGACUCGCCUGCCCAACCCUGUCAAGAAGGGACUGGUAAUCAUCGACCACGAACAAUCUACAAAGAAGUUCGUCGCCGCAUGUCAAGAAGCCGGCCUAACCCAAGUGAAGCCCCUCCGUCUUCCCAUUCCCGAAGACGAUGGCCCCUCGAUCUAUGUCUCCCAGCCCAUCGCUUGCCGAGGACUCAAUGUCGACGACGUGGCGCAUGUGUUUAUCUUAAUGCCCUAUGACAGCGCGAGUGAUUAUACGCAUAUGGCGGGUCGUACAGGAAGGAAGGGUACGGAUGGGGAUGUGUACACCGUCCUGAUACCUAAGCCUUAUGAAACCCGGGUGGAUACCGAGGAGGUUCUCGAAGUCGCCAACGCAUUCACUAAAUUAAACAUCCGUCACCUCGCUAACCCGGAGCCCGAGGAGUCUCCCGACAAGACCGAUGAACCCGUGAGCGCCGAGGAAAUCGCAAAAGUGCGCACGAUGAAUACAGAACAAAUCAUCGAGCGUGCACGUGAGAAGUUCAGUGAGCCGGUUAGCGAGGAGGUCAGGGAGCAGGUGAGAGCUUUGACGCCUGAGGAGAUUAGGGAGAAGACGACUGCGAAGUAUGAGCCGGCUAGUGAGAAGGAGAAGGUUAGUGAGGAGGUUAAGGAGCACGUCAGUGAGGCGGCUCUUGAGCAAGCCAGCGAGCAAGUCAGUGAGGGUCGUGCGAGCGCUCCGUCUCCCGUCGCGGAAAGCGAAGUCGAAGGAAACUCGAACGCAACCAAGGAAGAGAAGGGGGCGGAGUCUGCGAAGGACAGUUCGUUCUGAGAAGGCAGAUGUUGAACAAGUAGAGCAGGCGGGACAGAAAAAGGAUGCGGCAUAAAGGCCAUGUCCUGCAUACACUAUGAGUUUUGUUUUGGCGGUUUUGGUUACAUACAUACUGGCGUUUUCAUUUUCUAGCAUUUGGACUGUAAUCCUAUCAUCAUUCUCCCGCACUCUGACCUCUCUGUCCACGCGUUGCGUGUUGUUCUUGGUCCGAACAUGGUCCAUCACGACAUCGCAGAAAAGAACUACAGUACAUGCAAAAUCCAGAUCAUAUAAUAUAGCUAUCUAGCUCCUUUCCAAUGAGAUCUUACUCCAAAAACGCCUCAUUA